UUUCUCCAUUGACAUUUUGUAAAGUCAUAAUAUAAAGAGUUUUAAGCUCGGCCCAUGCCAAUUUUCGUCCAGGUAGUUGUAUUUAUAAAACAUUUGUUUCAGAGCAAACAUUUCUUUGGGAAAAUGGAAUAAAAAGCAAAGGUACGAGACUGAAUACUGACUGACUCUGAACCGCUAGGGGUCGUCGUCAGGCACGACGCGACUCUGAACCGCUAGGGAACGUCGUUAGGCACGACUCUAAAUCCCGGGCCCGAGUAGCUGGAGGUGAUGCUUCACGGCGUCGUCCCCUUAAGUGUACAUUAGAUCUCCAGCACCAUAAUGGCGAACUGCUCGUUCGGUGAAUAUGGCAGCAGAAUGGCUGAGCUUGAACACAGCCACAGUCGGCUCAGAAAAGAGACUGGAGAGAUGAGGCACUUGCUGGAGGUUGCAGAUGAGGAGGUGGCUGAACUACGCAUGGAGAAUGCAGCCCUGACAGGCAAAGUGGAAAUGCUGGAGAGUUCCCUCAGCGAUGCGGGGCACAUCCAAGUUGAGCUCCGCAGGGUCAAGAGCCUCCUCUGUGAGGAGCAGAGUAGCAACAGGAAAAGAACAAGCAACAAGGAGCAGGAGAUUCAAAAGUUGGAGGAGGAACGUAAGAUUCUGACGGAGCAGGCCAAAGGUCUAUCUGCCCAGCUGAAGGAGCUGCAGCAGCAGAGAGAGCAACGCGAGCUCAGCCAGAGUAACCUGGAGGCAGCACUGCAAAGGCUUCAGAUUAAAAUGGAAGAUAUUCGCCAGGAGCUGAAACUGAAGGAUGAGGAUAUCCACCAGCAAAACUGGCAGUUGAUGCAGCUUGAGGAGAUGAGGGAAGAGUACACAAACAUUAUACGGGACCUGCGGCUCAGGAACAAGGACCUGGAGAGCCAGGUGGAGCUCCAGCAGGAGGAGGCCGCCCGCCUGGUGAAUCACCAAUCCCCCCGCAACCCCCUCUCCAUCGCGGACGAGGUGGAGCUGCAGGCCUACCUGGCGGUGGUGGAGAAUUGUAGGCGAGAAGAGAAAGAUGAUGGGAAAAACACUGCUGUCAAGCCUUUUCCAAAGAGCCAGGGUCGUUCAGGUGGCCAGCUGCUGCACGGCGUGCUGACCAAGGGCCUCCUGGCCCUCGGAGGUGUGUCUGUCCUGGCCCUCGGAGGUCUGUCUGUCCUGGCCGUGACGGCCCCCAUGCUACUGGACAACUGGGGCUACAGCGCCGACCUUGUCUCCACCAACGACCUCUGGAAGACUGUGCAUGACUUGUUCUUGCGUAACUGUGACAAACAGUACAAGUGUUUGCCUCCAGUCUAGACUCCACCUAACUGGUAGGACUUGAAGCAGUUGUAGAAGAUUAAAUUGAAGUGUCUAACUGAGUGAAAUAUGUCUGGUUGGAGUUACCUUACAUCAUUCUUACCUGAAAUACCUCCUUCGUUCGACGUUAUUUUAUUGGAUUUUUUAUAGGCUGUUAUUGAACUGUUAUUACUAUUACUAUUACUAUUUCUAUUACUGAACCAUAUAUCAAAUGGGCAAAAAAUGUGUAAACCAACCCAUAAUAAUAAAACACAAGAGGGACAGAGAGCUCAAAUACAAACUUACAAAGGGCAUAGACUAAGUAUUAAAUCAUAGAAAUAUUCACAUCGCAUGAUUACUUGUAAUGUGAGAUAAAUAGAGAACAAAGUCCAAGUGCAUGGCGCUCUUUAAUUAGUAUUUUACGAAGGACAAAGUCUAGUACAAAAGUGUACAAAACUUUUUUCAUUAAACAUUUGGUUUACAUUGUG